UUUAGGACAUUGCCAGAAAGUUCGGGAAACUCAUUAUUGCGCUGAUUACAUUUAAAUCGCGUCAUAGAUGUUGUUUCAUUUCGGUGAGUGGUUUUUUACUGGUAAAUAACAGUUCAUUCUUCAUAAAUUUGCUUUCCCAGUGACAGUGAGUGAUCUACUUACAGUUAACCUCUUAAGUAGAACUGAGUUAAACUGUAAUAACAGAUUAAACUAAGAAGACAGUACCAGAAGAUAUAAUGGCAAGCGGUGAUCCUAACGAAAACUCCGACCAGGGAGGCCGAGUGCCGAAAGACAUAAAGGGGUUGUUGCGGCUGUGCGCCGAGUCCAGCACCGGAUCUGGACAGGAUAGUGAGACUGUCAACUUCUCGCAGAUGGAUCCAGCGAGAAAAGAAUGGCUUGAACAAGCCUUGAACAAUAUGACAGUCAGCCCCAUAGAAGAAAUCAGGAAAGCUCGGGAUAUUGUCAAAGAUGAAAGCCGAGAUAUUGAUGACAGAAUUGCAGCAGUAGAAACUAUCAAUGAAUGGUGUGAUCAAAUAGACUUGGCCAUAGAUUUUCACAAGAUUGGAGGGUUUGAUAUAUUUCCUGUGUGUCUGAGUAAUGAAGAAGGGGAGCUGCGCUGGCAGUGUCUUGAUCUGGUAGCCACCAUGGUACAAAACAACCCAUACUGCCAGACCGCCACUCUGGAGGCCGGGCUCCUACCAACCAUGCUGGACUUGAUGGAUAACGAUCCUGACCCCACUGUGAAGACCAAGGCACUUUAUGCCAUGUCCUGUUUGACUCGUGAUAACCAGCAGGCUUUGGAUGCGUUCAUCCAGCACGAUGGGUUCUCAUAUGUUAUGAGGGCGAUGCAGUCAGAUGUAGAGAAACUCAAGAUCAAAUCCGCAUUUAUGCUGUCCUCCAUAUGUACUGACAAUGACAGAUGCAAAAACACACUGUGUGACAUCGGGAUGAUCGACCAGCUAGUGGGACACCUCUCAGAGGAGCACUCAAUGUUUCAUGAACAUGUAAUGUCCGCCAUCCUUAACCUUGUGCGCAACCACCCUCGCAGUCUUCGUGAGUGCUGUCGACCGGAACUAGACCUUGUAUCCACACUUCAGCAAAAACAGGCUGACUUGAAGGGAACAGAAGAGUUCUUGGAAGAGUACAACUACACAGUUGAGCUUCUGGGUCUGUUACAGUCUGCCAGCAACACAGAGGCCGAGGCCACCAGAUAACAUAACAAAACUGUGAACGAAUAGACUGUAUGCACUCAUGGGCAUUGAAGAAUUAUCUGACAGUUACGCAAUGAGAAUACAUGUACACUAUAGCCUGUAAUGUUGUGGCAGAGAAUAUCCGGUAAUGAAUAUGUCAGCAAGGAGUUCUAGAGUAAUGUCGGGCUGUGCAGUAGUUGUAAUUGUUCAUAUAAUACAGUCAUGUGGAAAAAAAAAUCUGUUAUGGCUGAAAUAAAUGUUAGUUCAUUGAGCUGA